ACUUGGCCCUGUGCAACUUAACAAUUCUGUGCCUCAGUUUCUUCAUCCGAGGUCUUUUUACUCUGUGGAUACAAGUAUGAGGUCUGAGAACAAUCUCUAGAAAGCCUCCCUGGGUCCACGUCUGAGAAAUUGUACAAAACAUUCUCAACUCGGCGAAGGGCACUGAACCAAAUUAUCUCUAUUAUGUCUUUCAAGAGUAAGAUGCUCGGGUUAGUUCUAGAGAACAUAAAACAACUUACAAAAGAAACUAAUUUAAUACCAAGACUGGGGCGGGAUCACCAUCGUCUGGCUCAGCCAAUGUUUGACAGACACAGUGAACCAAUGAGGCUGCUUGUCUCAGGCACAGUGAGCCAAUGAGACUGCUUGUCUCAGGCACAGUGAGCCAAUGAGGCUGCUUGUCUCAGGCACAGUGAGCCAAUGAGGCUGCUUGUCUCAGGCACAGUGAGCCAAUGAGGCUGCUUGUCUCAGGCAUAGUGAACCAAUGAGGCUGCUUGUCUCAGGCACAGUGAGCCAAUGAGGCUGCUUGUCUCAGGCCAGUUGUAUGGACAUAACUUUGUGAACGCAUCACCUACCAACGACAAGGGCCUCCCCUCUGCAGUUGCUCUGGCUCCAGACUACAAAGUCCCUUCUGACUUUAAGUCUUAAAGAGCUACAAAUGAAAAUGGCCGUGAUCGGCGGACCUGGUGCCUGUUUUGUGAAGCGGCAGCUGAGGAGACUCCGGCACUCUCCAUGGCCGACGAGAAACCCAAGGAAGGAGUCAAGACUGAGAAUAACGAUCAUAUUAAUUUGAAGGUGGCGGGACUGGAUGGUUCUGUGGUGCAGUUUAAGAUUAAGAGGCACACACCACUUAGUAAACUAAUGAAAGCUUGUUGUGAACGGCAGGGUUUGUCAACGAGGCAGAGCAGAUUCCGGUUUGAUGGGCAACCAUUCAAGGAAACAGACAGACCUGCACAGUUAGAAAUGGAGGAUGAAGAUACGAUUGGUGUGUUCCAGCAGCAGACAGGAGGCGUCUACAGAAAAGGGAACCUGCUACUUUACUCCAGAAUUUUGUUAUAGACCAAGAAUACAUUCUUAAUUAGAAAGCCGCAA